AUGAAACCAGGUUUGGUAAUCAUCUCACCACCAUGUACUCUUUUUAGCUUGCUGCAGAACUUGAAUCGAAACUUUCAGAAUCCGGAAGCCAACCCGGAAUUUCUAAGGCGUUUGAUCGAAGCUAAGGUGUUGCUCAGGUUUGGCAUCGAGAUAGCCUUUGAAGUGCUCAAAUACGGAGGUUCCUUCGUUUUCGAACACCCGUUGACGUCACGGGCAUGGAUGGACAACCUCAUGCAGAAGCUCAUCCAAUCUCCGGAAGUCCAUAUGGCUGCCUGUGACCAAUGUCAAUUUGGCCUCCGUGCGCAAUCAGGAGCCCUUCAUCGGAAAUCAACUGGGUUUUUGUCGAACAAUAUACAAAUCCUGGACCAACUUCGCCGACGAUGCGACGGCUCUCAUCCCCAUGAACCGGUCCUUGGACGAGAUGAAGGAGGACUUCGUUCACUUCAAGCUCAACACUAUCCACCACGUCUUGUGGAAGCCAUCCUGAAGGGAUACAAAAUGUCAAUUGGGCAACCACUGACGAUCUUGUGGGCUGAUCUUGGUGAACUGAGGCGAGAUCAAGAACGAGUACAAGGGAUCCUGACGGAGAUGAGGAGCCGGGAGAAGUUCCGCGUUGUCGAGACCGAGAAGGACCCGAUCCACGAGGUGCACCAUGUCCCGGCGGAAAACGAGGUUCCUGAAGAGUCCAAGGAGAUUGAAGAUGAGGAGACAGCUGAGGAGCUACAUCGAUAUCUACCAAGGGAACGACCUUUCUCGACCGCGCAGUUGGUUCGACGUGCCCAUGAAGGAUUGGGACACCCUGGAAACGACCGUUUGGCCAGGAUUCUCAAGGAUGCCAAGGCUUCGGAAGAGGCCAUCAAUCUGGCCAAGAACUUGAAAUGCUCAGUCUGUGAGAGGCAUGCUGCCACUCGACCGGCCAGGCGAGCAGCGCCGCCAAAACAACUCCACGUGAACCAGGUGGUCGGGGUGGAUACUAUCUACUUACCUGACCAUCAAGGGAAGCGACGAAUGGCCUUGAACAUCGUGGACUGGGCUUCGAGAUUUCAAAUGAUGGUGCCACUUGCUGGACACACUCCUGGAGCUGCUCGCCGAGCAUACUUGCAGUGGGUUCGACUGUUUGGACCACCGGAGAAGCUAUACACUGAUCUUGGCAGGGAGUUCAAGGGUGUCUUUGAAAUUGGUGCCGAACAGGACUCGACGUUCAUCGAGCCGAGCUCCCUGGAGAUGCCAACCCAACGGAGCAUCACCGAGAGAGCUGGACGCAGCUUCAAAGAAGUUCUCACGAGGACGAUGAUGCAGGUAGCUUGCAACACCCACGAGGAAUGGCUCAACGUCGUGGACAUUGUCAACAUGACAUGCAAUCGUCUGAUGAAUAAGUCGGGUUUUUCACCGAUACAGAGGGUUCUAGGUUUCUCACCCAGGAUUCCGGGUGGCUUGAUGACAGGAGGAGGCAACGAUCUAGCCACUGCCAGUCGCCGAGGAGGUGACCUACAAGUACAACGGGCUGAGGAGGUUCGUCUGGCCGCCGCCAAGGCAUUCCAUGAAGCGGACUCCUGGCAGGCUCUUCGAAAUGCGGUGACCGGAGGACCACGGCCAGUCCGGGACUUUGAAGUGGGCCAACUAGUCUACUUCUGGAGGAAGGGUACAGAUGGACCCAAGAAGAAUAGCCAUAGCUUCUGGCGAGGCCCUGGUCGAGUCGUGUUGACAUCGCCCCCAAGUACCGUCUGGAUCAACUACAGGGGCUUCAUCGUGAAGGCAGCCCCUGAACAACUUCGUCUCGCGACCGAGGAAGAACGUUUCACAUUGACUGGAUGGAUUAACGAUCUCACUGGAACCCGGGAUGAACUUGAUAAGGUUCCCCGACAGGGCUAUCUAGACCUGACCAAGGAGCCAUUCCCGAUCAAUGAGAACGAGGACGGGGAAAUUCCUGAACAUGCCGGAGAGGGACCGAAGUAUAGACUCCAUGGAAAGACUGCAACAGACCAGAUCAUGGUGAGGGACCCUGGUGACAAUCGGGAUGAGUGGGUUCUGGAUGAACCACAAGGACUUCUACAUCGACUACAUCGACAACCCCGAGAAGAAUAUUUCCAACCAAGUGAAGACUGGCUGGGAUGUCCCGUCCCGAGGGAUCGAAUUCGGAGCUACCGGCUUACAGUGGGUCAAUACGAAGUUAACGGUGAAAGAUUUGAGGAUGAGGAUGACUGGAUUCUCAAGUACGGAAAGGACACUAUUUGUAUGCCAUGGACCGGACGGACCACCUUCAAACUUCAUCCACCUGAUGAUCAUCCAGCUGGACAAGAUCUUCCUCGACGUCAACAUGGACCUUCUGGACAAGAACAUCCCGAUGAGGAGAGGCGCGAGAUUGUGGAGGAGAUCCGACCUCAUCAUGUACGACGUGGACGCGAAGACGCUAAUGAGGACGAGGACGAAGAAGGCCAACACAAAUCGAAACGACCCCGUGGGGAGGAAUGUCCGAUCAAGGAUGAUGAGGACGAAUACACUCCGAGCUUAGCAGGUGAUGGUGAUGAGGACCCUGGACGAGGCGAAGUACGUCACCGCGAUCCCGGAGAAGAACCAGAUGAACCCGAACCAAAAUCCAAACGACAUCGAACUGAGUUUAUGGACCUUCUUAUGACUUCGUUGGAGAAGGUCAUGGCAGCUAAGCUGAAGAAGGAGGUGAAAUUCGGAGAACUACGUGGAGAAGAAAGGGAGAAGUUCAAGAAGGCCAUGGAAAAGGAGGUGAAGAAUAACUUGAAGACCAAGGCCUGCGUGAUCCUAUCCCCUGAGGAGUCCGAGGAGAUUCGACGAAAUUCACCGGAGAAGAUCGUCAAAUCCCGUUUUGUGAUGACAGAGAAGAGUAUCGAUGAGGACGAUAUCGAAGCUGCACGACAAGAUGGAGUGCUCUUACAAGACCAAGGACCCCAUAGCACAAAGGCAAAGGCCCGUCACGUCAUGAAGGGCUUCAGUGAAGAGAAUUCUGAAAACCUGGAGACUACAACUCCACAAUGCGGCCGUGAGACCGUCUUGAGCGUCUUGCAACUGCUAUGCAGCAUGAAGUGGCUACCUGGGUACCUCGACUUCACCCAGGCCUUCCACAGUGGUGAUGACAUCAAGAGAGAAAUCUAUGCUGCGCAGCCUCAUGAUGCUCCGCUACCAGGAUAUUCACCUCGACAGUUAUUGAAACUGUUGAAGACGUGCUACGGUUUGCUGGAUGGACCCUAUGCUUGGUAUCAACAUCUGAAAGGAGUUCUUCUGAAACUGGGAUAUGAAUGCAGCGCGGCCGACCCUUGCCUAUUCUACCUGUUCAAUCCGGAACGUCAGCUCCAGGGGAUCAUCAGCGUUGCAACAGAUGAUUUGCUCCAUGGAGGAACCGAACAACACUGGAAGAACAUGAAGUGGAUCAAUGAGAACUACAAGCUUGGAAAGUUCACUCAGGGCAAUGGUAGAUUUGUGGGCAAGGAGAUUGUUUGCCAGAAGGACGGCACCUUUCUGGUCCAUCAACCACUGUACACGCAGAAGCUCCAACCCAUUAAGCUGGACAGUCUUCGCAAGAAGCAAAAGUAUGCAUACUGCACUGAGGAGGAGAUAAGCCAAUUGAGAGGCUUGCUUGGAGGGCUUGCAUGGCUGGCCAAGGAGACACGCCCUGAUCUUGCUGGCCGUGUCGCGAUCUUGCAGCAAUCAAUGCCGAGACCCUACAUCCAGGACAUCGUGGAAGCAAAUGCUUUGGCCAGGGAGGCCAUCAAACAUUCGGAAGUCGGCCUGAGAAUCCACCCGAUUCCGAUGGAGCACUUGCGGGUCGGAACAGUCACUGAUGCCUCAUGGGCCAACGUCCGUGUGGAUGACCAUAACCAUGCGGAGGACUUCUGGGAAGAGAGAAGUGACCGGUGGAUCCGACAUCAUGUCCAACCACGUCGUCUACUUUUUCAUCCUGCUUCAGUACCUGGAGGUCCUAACGUAUACCACAUACAAGAGAGAAGGGUGACCUUUGCAGAUGGAGAAGAGUAUGAGGAUGUCUGGGAUGGAAAACGAAGCAUCCGAACACACCGUGACGAACCAUGGUGUGGCCAAAGCGUGUUUUUCAAAAAGAAGGAGACCGAGCCGGUCAAGGCUGUGACCGAGAAAUUCUUACAACAAGACAAGCUGGCAAGUCAGGGUGGCUACAUCUCCUUCUUCUACGAUGCCAGAAUGGAGACGGAGGAGAAGGCCUAUCCCAUCUCAGUAGUCAGUUGGAAGAGUUUCAAAAUCAAGAGGUGCACGGUGAACACUCUAUCUGCAGAAUGUCAGGCCAUGAUCCAUGGUGUUGGUUCUAUACACUGGCUCCGCUUCCUGCUCCAGGAAUCCUUUGGAGGACGAGUCCAACUCGAAGAGUGGGAGCAGGAGAUCGGGAAGAUUCCUUGCAUUGCUGUCACGGACAGUAAAUCUCUUUUUGAUACGAUGCAGAAGUGCUGCAACACCUCAGCCCACAUUGAGGACAAGCGAACCGCCAUCGAUGUGACGGUCUUGAAGCGGGACUUCCAGAAGACGAAAGGCCAGGGUUUUUCUCAAGAGGCAAAGAUCCUCUUAUUGAUUUCAGCCGACAGAAAGUCUGGUCGGUGUGGAUCUGGGUGA